CAAAAAAGCAACUCAUCCUCACAAUAAGACAAAUAAAGUGACCAUUUGUAUAACAAUCAGUGUACAAGACGUCCCCCUUAAAAUUACUCCUCAUGCAACAUACCCCUGCAGAGAAUUCUGUGCCAUGUAAAAAAAACAAAAGUCGUCCCUCCAUUGAGCUUUCCCAAAACUUAAAUCCUUAGCAAGCGAAUGAGAUUCCCUGAAAAAAUUCAAAAUCAGUUUUUUGCUGUCUAUGUGAAUCCCUGUGUAACCAUGGCUGUGACCAAAUUCCUUCAUUACUCACUACAUAGUGCACUUUAUAGUGCGUUUGCCAAUUUGUAGUGUUGUCCUAUUCCAAAAUUUAGUGCCCUAGAAACUUCUCAGAAGUCUCUGCCAGAAACCAGUGUGCAUUGUUGCUCAUUAGAUUGGUGAAUAUGGACUACAAUGCAUUGCGUUGCAAAAAACUGUUUGAAAACAUUUUUUUAAUAAACCAUCAACGUUUUCAUCAUUAGAACACAGUGGAUUCAUAUACCGUUGUUGUAAAUGACAUCUAUUAGAAUUUCACUUUGUGAAAUCAAAUAUGUCAUAUUUAUAUAUUUAUAAAAAGUAGUGACUACGGUGUCCGAAUUGCAUCAAGCAUCGGAGGACUAGACAGUCCCGCACUAUAUCGUUUCACAUAACCCAUAAUUUCAGCGCCAGCUCUAUUGUUUCUAUUUCUACGUAUGACGCUCAGCCAACGCGCGAGCUUGCCACAAUGCAUUAUGGGAAGUAAACACAAAGAGGUGCUAGCAGCGUUAGCUUCUCUUCGAAAGUCCGCGGUGUCUUUGUAAAGCUUUGCGUGGGUUUCCGUUAGUGAAAAUGUCUUCACUUCAGUCUCUCAGAGAGUUCAUCAGUGAGCGGUUGACCGCUGCUGCGGAAGAAAUCUGCACGCAUUUUGAAGGAACCAUUGUCCAGUUCGAAGCGGAGCUAAGCCGCCAGCGAAGGCUGCUGGACAUCGUGUUGAAGCCGCAGAUUCUGCCCCAAACCACAGCUCUCCCUCAGUAUUAUCUGAGGAACCAGGAGAGGAAGUCCAGUGAGGACCAGGAGGAAGCAGAACUUCCACAGAUUAAAGAGCAAGAGGAUGAGAUCAGCAUCAGCCAGGAGGAAGAUCAGCUUGGUCUGAAGCAGGAGGAUGAUAUUGUGAUGGUGACUCCUUUGUAUGAGGAAAAUGAGCUCAUAGAAGAAGAUUUCAACAAUCAGCAGCUCCAGACUCAGAGCUUUAUUGAUGGUCAGGAUGAAGAAGAAGAAGAAGAACAAGAAGAAGAAGACCAGCAGGAAGCAUCAACAUCAACCACAGAUGGAGAGAUAGAACCUCAAAACAGCAGAAGCGACAGACUGGGAAGAAAUAUCAAAGUGGAGGACAGCCCUCACAUGUUAACAAGUCCGUGUGAUCCCCGCUUUGAGAUGAUGGCGGAAAACGCCGACAUUUUUGGAAAAACCUUCAAGAAGAGGAUUCUAUUGAAGAAGCAGAAAACCAAAACGUUUUUCUGCAAACUGUGUGGAAAAAGUUUGACCACUGCGAAGAGUUUGAGGCGCCACAUCACAAUCCACACCGGAGAGAGGCCUUUCUUCUGCAUCCAGUGCCACAAAAGUUUCAGCCACAGCUCCUACCUCCGGAGCCACAUGAGAACGCACUCCGGAGCGAGGCCGUUUCCCUGUAGCGUCUGCGGCAAAACUUUCACCAGACGCUCUCAUCUCAACCGGCACACCAUCAUCCACACGGGGGAAAAGCCCUUCUCCUGCCACGUCUGCUUCCAGAGUUUCAGCAGAAGAGAGCAUCUGACCGGUCAUGUGAGAAAACACGCCGGCACAGAAGAUGACAUCAGCAGAUAGCUGCUUUUUACAAUCUCUUUUUGGCGCUCUGGGCAGGUCACAGGGGUUUGUCGCUGAUGGUGUGACCUUUUUUGUUGUUCAUCUUCCUCUUGGCCAUCAGGUGUAAUCCUCAGAACAGUUUCCAUGUCCUUGAUUGCAUCCCCAUGACGACAGCCUCUCUGCCGCUUCCCAAGGAUGUCACAGUGGUUACGACAGACAUAGACGUUUAGCACCACAGCGUGGGAUUCUGCUUCUUAAGCUGCGUUUACACCAAAGGCGGUUUGCGUGUCAGGGGCAUCCAGUUUUAUGUUGAGUCAACAAACAAACGUGAUCAGAGGUCGGCCACAGCGUGAAUCGCGUUUGGCGUGAACGCAGCACUACACAAACGUGAACAUUUCCUGCAAGCCCUUAAACUCAUGCUAAUACUUAAAAGCAGCUGGUGAAAAUAUAUGAACUGCUCCUAUCUGUAGUAGUUAAAAUCUUAAUUUCAGGCAGAAUUUCAUAACUUCUUAUAAGCUGAUAGAAAACUAUUUUUAUUUGUGGAAGUUUUGUCUUCUUUUUUUCUUGUAGAGCUUCAAAGCUGCCUCUGUGUUACUGUUGCAUGUAAUGUUUUUUAAAGAAAAAAUAAAAUAUUUUUUUAUGA